AUGAUAUUCUCGCCUUUUACAGUAAUCCCUAGUGGUCACUGGUUUCAACCAACAAACGAUUCAAGGCGGAUGGCCGUUUCGACGGGAAAAGUCUGGGUGGGACCGUUGUUGUUGAUUUUGCUGAUCGCUUUGAUCUAUAUUUUCUCACUGUUACCACAUACACAUCACAAGAAUUCGUAUAUCUAUGGAGAUGAGGAUCAAGUGGAGUUGACGAAUUUCCCCGUCGAGAAACAACAACAUCGAGGAUAUGAAUUCUCACAGAAUUCUCUCAAAAUCACCCUCAAUUUGAAAAGCCAAAGUCCAAUGUGCAAUUCUCGGGGUUCCGCCAUCAUGCACAGUGACGGUUCCGUGAAUUGCGAGUGCUUGGAUGUACAUGGGUUGCCGCUGUUUUCCGGGAACAGAUGCGAGACUCAUUUGUGUUUACACAAUGGGACUUUGGCAGACGACAAUAAUUCGUGUCAUUGUGAGGGCCCGUGGAUGGGAAAGCAUUGCGAGUAUCGGUGUCAUGGCAAUAUCAGCAGAAAUGGCACUGAUGCAAUCUGUGAAUGCCAGGAAAGGGAUUACGGUGAAUACUGCCAGCUACAUUGCAGUGAGAAGAACGCAAUCUGGGAUCGCCGCUCAAAGAUGUGCACGUGUUUCAACGGCUACGACGCGCCAAGCUGUAUCCUCUGUCUCCGUCCCGAGUGUUCCAUCGCUCAAAGUCAGCAUAAGAAAGGCGUUGUCAACUCUCGUCUAACACUUUCCGGACUCUCGUUUUGUUUAAUCACAAUUGGACUGUUGUGUAUCACGGCGAGACGAAGACGAAUGACAGCAACGGCUUUACCCGGCUCAGAUGAAACGUGGUAUCGAAUCUUUCAGCCACAGGCGGCCGGUCGACGGUGUCGUCACGAUUUUGUUUGCGGUGGCUCGUGGAUUCCGAGAGAUCGUGCGCUCUUGGUGGGCAAUUCGAAUCGACAACCGACACAAGCGAGAUUAGCCAGAAAUAACAGAUCCCUCACCCCACCACCAUCCUAUUGUUCUGUGGAGCAUUUGGACGGCUCAUCCGGCGCUCCACCAACUUAUGAAGAAGCUGUGCAUCGGGGUCAAAACAUCGACAUCGAAAUGCAUUUGGAUCGAAUCAUCGAAGAUGGCGAUCGCCAAGAAAUCGUUGAAGAUAAAGAACAAUCCACCACAAUCACAACCACUCACACAGACACAGGUAAACGAAGAGUCCUCAGC